AAGGCCACCUUGUGUUGUUGAGAAAGAAAAGCCUACAGCGGUAGCUUUUGGUUAGGUGGAUAUACUGCAGUUCUCGGCGAAUUUAGUGAGAUCAUUUUCUCAUAACGAUGAGGGCGGGGUGUGGGAGCAUCACAGAUCUCAAUGCAUUGGAUGGUUGCUGAAGCUGCGAGGAAGAGGAAAGAUGUAGGACCAUAGUGAAUGAUUUGGGACUGGAAGACUUUGAUUCGCGCUGGAAAUUAAUUACACGGUCUACUGUCCCCAAGGAAUAUGAAGAAGAGGAAAAAUUGGAAACUUAAUUCUUUGAAGCAGUGGAAGUGGAUUAAAUGAACGUGUCUGAGGAGGAAUUGUAGCAACUCAUUGUCAUGGCGAAGAAGGCCCGUACUAAGGGCGAAAAGCCCGAAGCACUAAUCUCUGCCCUACAGGCUGCCAAUGAAGACCUCAGGUCGAAACUGACGGACAUUCAAAUCGAAUUGCAUCAGGAAAAAUGCAAGGUGACUAAGCUGGAACGUGAGAAGGUGCAGGAGGCCAAGCGCAUCCGCGAGCAGGAGCAGCACCGGCACACAGUGGCACUGACUGAGCAGCGGGCCAAGUGGCACGAAGAGAAGAUGAAGGAGCUGCAGGCGCUGCGGGAGAGCCUGGUGCGCCAGCACGAGCAGGAGCUGCUGCGCCACGGCAAGAUCAAGGAUGGUGAGAUCCAGCGGCUCAAGACGGCCAUGAGCGCACUGCGCGACGGCAGCGGCGAGAAGGUGCGCACAGCCCUCACGCUGGAGGCCAAGGAGGAGGCGCGGCGCUUCUUUGACCAGGAGCGCGUCAAGCUCCUGCAGGAGAUCGCCGAGCUCAAGUCCUCCAAGAAGCAGACGGACGAGGCGCUCAGCACCAUCAUCCAGGCGGACAAGAUGAAGGCGGGAGACCUGCGCUCAGAGCACCAGAUGCACCAGGAGCAGAUCACCAAGAUCAAGUGGGACUGCGAGAGAGACAUACGCAGGCUGGUGGAUGAGAUCAAAGCAAAGGACCGCACCGUCUUCGCCCUGGAGAAGGAACUGGAGACAGCCACAGGCUUCCUACAGAAGCUGCAGCUACAGAAGGAUGCCCUGGACGAGCAGCUCUUUCUGGUGAAGGAGGCUGAGUGCAACCUGGGCAGCCCCAAAAGGGAGAUCCCUGGCCGGGCAGGCGACGGAGCCGAGUACUGCGGGAGCCCCGACAUGAGAAGGAAUCAAAGGCGUGUGGCUGAGCUGAACUCGACCAUCCGGAAGCUGGAGGAUCGCAACACACUGCUGGUCGAGGAGAGGAAUGAGCUGUUGAAACGUGUGCGGGAGUCAGAGAAGCAGUGCAAACCCAUGUUGGAGAAGAACAAGCUGUUGAAUAAAAGGAACGAUGAGCUGACUCAGUCUUUACAGCGAAUGGAGGAGAAACUGAAGGGUUUGACCAGGGAGAACAUGGAAAUGAAAGAGAAAAUUAGUUCUCAUCCUCCACUAAAGAAACUGAAGUCCUUAAACGACCUUGACCAGGCUCACGAUGACCAGGAGAUUGAGUUCCUUAAGCUUCAGGUUCUCGAACAACAGACUAUGAUAGAUGAACUGACAAGAGACCGAGAGAAAUUGCUAAGGAAAAAGAGACAUAAACGAAGUUCCAGACCCAUCAAGAGGCACAUUGUUGUGGACACCUUCUUUGGGUACGAUGAGGAGUCAAUGGAUUCAGAGACCUCGUCAGUAGCUUCCUUGAGAAUGGAUAGGACUCCUGCUACUCCAGACGAGGAUUUGGACGAGGGUCUGGCUCGUGAGGAGGCAGAGUUGCGCUUCCGUCAGCUGACGCGGGAGUACCAGGCUCUUCAGCGCGCAUACGCUCUCCUGCAGGAGCAGAAGGGAGGCAUGCUGGAUGCGGAGAUGGAGGCCAAGGCUCAGGAGCAGCUUCAGGCAGAUGUGCAGCGUUACCAGGCCAAAAUCGAGGACCUGCAGAAGGAGCUCACACUCAAAGGACAGGACUCAAAAUGGGUGGAAGAGAAACAGCUCUUUCUGCGACGGAACCAAGAACUCUUGGAAAAGGUGGAAAAGCAAGACAGUGAGAUUGGGCGACUUCAUCAGGAACUGCAAGACUCCAAAGACCAGAAUGAGCUCCUGGAGUUCCGUAUCUUGGAGCUAGAGGAACGAGAGAGGAGGUCUCCUCCUUUUAACCUCCGGAUCCAUCCAUUCUCUGAAGGAGUCAGCGCUCUCCAGAUCUACUGUAUGAAAGAGGGGGUGAAGGAUGUGUGUAUACCUGAUCUCAUUAAACUUCUAGACAUACUGGGAGACAAUGGGAACUUACGAAAUGAAGAGCAAGUAGCCAUUAUUCAAGCAAGCACGGUGCUUUCUCUUGCUGAAAAGUGGAUACAGCAGAUUGAGGGAACGGAGGCAGCACUACACCAGAAAAUGAUGGACUUGGAGCUGGAGAUGGAAAUGUUCUGCAAGCAGAAAGGUUACCUUGAAGAGGAGCUGGAUUACCGAAAGCAGGCUCUGGACCAAGCUUACAUGCAAAUCCAGGAGCUGGAGGCCACCCUGUACAAUGCCCUGCAGCAGGACAAGGUGAUCAAGUACGGCGAGCCACUGACGGACACGCAGAAGGACGAGCUGCGCACGGCCGUGGAAAAGCUCCGCAGGCAGAUGCUCCGCAAGAGCCGAGAGUAUGACUGCCAGGUGCUGCAGGAACGCAUGGAGCUGCUGCACCAGGCACAUCAGAGGAUACGUGAUCUGGAGGAUAAAACAGACAUCCAGAGGAGACAGAUCAAAGACCUUGAGGAAAAGUUUUUAUUUUUGUUUUUAUUCUUUUCUCUUGCCUUUAUCCUUUGGCCUUGAUGUCUGCUCAGUCAAACAGGCAUCCCGUAGAUCAUGUCUGCAGCAGCAUCUCCCCGGUGAAGACCCAGGCCUUACUCAUGACUCUUAAUAUUGUGUGUGGAUGGAGGUGGCGUAUGUUCAAAUGGACUCAGUCUGGACCCUCUGAGAUAUUUUUUAUUUGGGACCCUUCUCCGAGAUUCCACUGUGUGACUGUGCUGGACUUAGCUCCUCCUGGGAGCUUUCUGCAACUACUGUGGAAUUAUUGGAAACAGACCUUCAGCUUGAAGCCUCUCAACCUCUUUCUUUUUCUCUAUCUCACUCUCUGUUUGAUAUUUAUAGACAUACAGACAGACAGGCACACACACACACACACACACACACACACACACACACACACACACACACACACACAUGACCACACACACAAAUGCUCACACAGAGUCAGAAACCAAAGUCUCUGCCAUGCAGGGGAACACCAUUGCCACCUGAAAAGAGGUUGAAGGUUAUACACAACCAGACCAAUACACUGGAUCCUCUCUCUCUUUCUCCUUUAUUCUUUCUUUCUUCUUCUUCCUUUCUUUCUUGCUCCCUUCCUUUCUCUCUCUUCUACUCAGAUUUCUCCCAUGCACUCUCUCUCUCCCUAAAUAGAGGAAAAGACACAUACAGACGCUGAUGCAACCCCUCCAGCCCUAAUAAUGUCCAGGGGCCCCUCUCAGACUCAGGUCCUCCGACCCACCACCCAUUUCAUCCCCAGAGACAGGACAGAGCGGAGGCCUCUCAGCCUGCCAGGGAAGCAUGCCAGAUGGGACAGGGGGGUGGAGAGGGGUGGUCGGACAACAAACUCUACACCCACCAACCAGACCACCCCCAGUCCGAGCCUACAGGGUGCUUCAGAGAACCACCCAUGUCCUUUUAUUUUUUAAAGAAAUCAAAUAGAUCUGAUGGAUUUUUUUUUUUUUUUUUU